CCAGGGCAGUGACGACUGCUAGAAAGAGAGAGCUGUUGUCAGAAAUUGGAAGGCUUACAUACUAGUCAACAUUCAAGAUUGGUGUUCUUCUAAAGCUGCCAUUAUAAAGGUUUUAUUUUUUUAUUCCUGAAAACUUGCAAAGAAAUGGAAAUUCUUUUUUUAAAGUUUAUUUUCAUCAUCCUCUUAUUGUUUUUCUUCACUAGAUUCUCAUGUGAAACUGAUAUCUUGACCUCAUCCACCAAUCUUACUGAUGGUAGAACCAUAGUUUCUAGUGAUGAAAGCUUUGAACUGGGGUUCUUCAGUUCAGGAAGCUCUGCCAAGAGCCGUUUCUUGGGAAUUUGGUACAAGAAUAUCCCAAUUCAAACUGUUGUUUGGGUUGCAAACAGGUGCAACCCGAUAAAUGACGCAUCUGGUGUUCUGAUGGUAAACAGCACAGGCAAUCUGGUACUCCUCAGUCAAAGCAGGGGUGUUGUUUGGGCAUCAAAUUCAAAGAUAGAAGCUCAAAACCCAGUAGUGCAGCUCCUGGAUUCUGGAAAUCUUGUUCUAAAAGAUAGCAUUGCCGGUGAGUCAGAAAUACUUUUGUGGCAAAGCUUUGACUAUCCUGCUGAUACUUUGUUGCCAGGGAUGAAACUUGGAUGGGACUUAAGGACCGGUCUUAAUCGACAAAUAUCAGCAUGGAAGUCCCCAGAUGAUCCAUGCCCAGGAGACUUAAUUUAUGGGGUAUUGCCAUAUAAUAAUCCUGAUACAGUUAUUUGGAAAGGCUCGCGAAAAUACUAUCGGACAGGCCCCUGGAAUGGCAUUGGAAUGAGUGGUGCGCCCCAAUUGAAGCCAAAUCCGUGGUUUACAUUCAACUUAGUCUCAAAUGAAGAGGAAGUUUACUACAUUUUUUACCUCAAAAACAAAUCAGCAAUCACAAGGCUUAUUGUGAACCAAACUACCAGUAGGGGGGAACGCUAUUUGUGGAAUGAUGACACUCGGACUUGGACAGGGUACAACCAUUUUCCAUGGGAUGACUGUGACACCUAUGAGACUUGUGGGGCAUAUGGGACCUGUGUCAAUACAGCGCUACCGCCUUGUCAAUGUUUAAAAGGUUUCAAGCUGAAAUCACAAGAAGAAAGCUCAGUGGACUGGUUUCAGGGAUGUGUGCGCAAUAAACCUUUAGAUUGCCAUAAAGGUGAUGGAUUUAUCAAAGUUGAUGGGUUGAAACUGCCAGAUACUGCACAUUCUUGGGUGAAUAAAAGUAUGAACCUCAAUGAGUGCAGGGCUAAAUGCUUAGAGAAUUGUUCUUGUAUGGCCUAUACAACCUUGGAUAUUAAAGAAUCCAGCGGUUGUGCAAUUUGGUUUGAUGAUCUAAUUGAUCUUAAACAGGUCCAAUCUGCUGGACAGGAUUUAUAUAUUCGAAUGGCUGCUUCUGAUUCAGGUAUUGGGUUAGAAAUUCAGUAUUUCAUGAAGUUUUGUUAUGAUUCCUAUUUAUGUCUGGUGUUUCCAGUUCUAUUUUCAGUUAAUUAGUGAAACUAUUUCAUUGCUACAACACUAAUUCAUAUAUUUCGUCUUUGUUCUAUUGAAUUAGACCAUGAAGAGACAAAAGGCAAGACUAAAAUGAUGGCAGGACUGAUAAUUGCAGCUGUCAUUCUUGUAGUUACUGGUGUUCUUGUAAUCACCUAUUACAUUCGAAGGAGCCAUCGGAACAUAGAAGGUUUGUUUCUCUGACUUAACAAAUCAUGUUGCCAUUA